CAGAAAGGAAUAUUUUAUCUAAGGCUACGUAUGUUAACUGUGGAGUACUAUAGGGGCCUACUCAAAAUAAGAAGUCGUAGACGCAAAACUGUCGAUUUGAACAAUGGCUGUAAACAAAAAGGCGUGCCUGUAGAGGUCGCUAUUCAGUUAACACCAGCCAAACUUCCGAACGGCCUUUAUCAUAUUUUUUCAUAAGUUCUAAGUCUAGUUGCACAUGUUGGUGGCGGGUGCUGAUGCUGGUCAUACCUGGCCAGGAUAAAAGUUGCUAGGCCUGUAGUUAAAUUAACAUAGAGGCCUAUGUUCACUUGAGCAGUUGGUUAAUCCAAUCCUAGCAGGCCACCGUGGUUGUUAGUGGCUAGUCUCCUGGCCGUGAAUCAGCAGGCACUUGAAUUUCGUGCCGAUUUCAGCCUGGUCACUAGCUGACUAGUGUCCGCGACGGCAGCACUCCCGCCGACGCGUCGAACUCUUUUAAAUCUUAAAUAAGUCAAACGUUACACAGGAGUGUCGGGAGUUCUCGCUGGCAUCAUGGCGUUGAGUUGGAGGGACGUCUUGGUUGUUUUGAGCCUGUUUGCUGCCGUGGUUGCUGCAGAAGAUGAAGGUGCUGCUGGUGACAGUGCACGCUCCGAGGAACGGCUUGUCUACUCGGGCAGACUUGAGAGUUGCAGUGGAUGACAGCUGAACAGGCUUCCUGAAGUCAAGGCAUUUGUAACCCAUGAUCUGCCCCUCUACCAUAAUGUACCCUUCAAGCACAUUGGCGGGGCAGAUCCUGAUUUACUUCUGCUGGACCAGGAAGGCAACGUAAUUAAGCGUAUUGGUCUGAAAACCAUGAAGCGGCCCGAAAUCAACACCUUGUUUGACAACUUGGGCUUCUACAAGAAGAAAUCCAAAGAUGAUGCGGUCCCUGAAGAGUUCUUACAAGGACCCUACCUCCCCAAAGAAACAAAGGAGGAGCAAGAACAAACAAAGGAAGAACUCUAAGGUGCAUUUCGGAUGGGUUUUCUUUAAGUAUAUCAUUUUGUUGCAUUUUCCGUACUUAACAUCUCAUUUUCAAUUUCAAUAGGUCAGAUAUUUUGUGAAUUUUGCUUAACUAACAGAGUCAGAUUUUGACAUUGUAAGACUUUUAAUACAAAAACACACCCCGAUUGCAAUUUGCUAUGGGAAACCUUUAUUGGUCUGAAAAAGUCAAAUUUUUGCAGAAGCAAUAAAACAGUAGACUUAUUCAUUAAGCCCUGUCCUCCAUGCACAGUGCCACAUGCCUCGCUCAUACUGCAAAUUUCACAUUGCAAACUCGGCAUUGGUUUUUUUAAUACAUGUAGAUCAGUCCAUGCUUGGAAGUCCUUAGGCUCUACAGUUGGUUUUGCACUUACGGCUGUGAUUGUUCAAACAUAAGUAGAGUUCUCUUUUUCCAUUUCUGUUGAAGAGUUUUACAUGUACCUCUGAUGUUGGUGGCAGAUCACACAAGUUAAAAGUCUCUGUGUAGAGCUUUGUGUUUCCAUUGGUUGUUUUUUUUGCAAUGCUACCAUGGCUGACCAGAAUUAUAUACCACAGUCCAGUGGGAAUGUUCAAAGAAUGUCCUUAGUUUUGCAUCCAAAUAAUGUAUUCAGAGUCGACCGGAAGUUUGUGCCAUCCAAUUGCCACAUUUGGCAAUGGAGAAAUUUGGGGCAUAUAUUGGGGAAAUUUUAGUCAAGAUGCAUAAUUACCAAAUUCAUCAGCCUGGUAGCUGAGUCUAUUACUCACACCAUGCAAAAUCCAGCAAGGUUAUAUUUGAUCCAUGUUAAAUCCUGACGAUUGGGAUUUUAAGCUUGAAAAUACAGUGGCAAACGUCGGCAGUGUGUCGCAUUAAUUUAACCAUGCGUGGUGUAUAAACAUUCUGCUGAGGUGGAGGUGGAAGAUUUGUACAAGGGAAAUAUGGUAAGUUGCUAUAAACAAAAGGCAAGGUAGAAAAGGCCCAAUGGGGACACAGCUUGAAAUGAGCAGCUGCUUCGAAUAUCUACACAACUUAUUCUCUAGAAAUCAGCAUCUCUUCGCAUUGUCGCAGGUUGAGAGAAAUUAACGAAUAAAAUAGAGAACUUGAAUUUAAAGAAAAACCUGUCAUAGUUUUAGGUAUUUUUUAAUUGGAAAAAAAUCACAUAUUUAUCUGUAACAUUAGUUUUUAUUUUUCUCAGUAACAUCAUGGAUCAUUUGGGGAUAAACAGUGUGUGCUUGAGAAGGGGCCAUGUCAGCAUGACCAUACACUGACUCAGACACACCGAACAUGGUUGAGCUUCAAUUGGAUGUUGGUCCCUUUUGUCCCAAAGACCUUGCUACAAAAUAUUCACAUAGCCAAUUGCGCACUACCGUCUGGCAGGGAAUUGAUGUGAAAUUGGACCUGCCUUGAAUCUCUUGUUUUGAUGUACUGGUACUUAGGUGUACCUGUUUGACCAGCAGGUUGAUUAUUUAAAUCAUGAUGAAAUUAAUACUAUAAGGCAAUAUAUUUUGAACAGUUUCGCUCUUUUGUGCACUGUAUACUGGAAAUUUUUGUACUCCAUUUGUUGGUGUUUAUGGGUUUUAUGUUUAUAUGUUUUUUGGAAGCAAAAUUUGUCCAGAUCGUUUUUGCACAUGUGGUCUUUGGAUUUGCUCUGGAUUCAGCGUAUGAUGCCAGCCACCUAAACUGACCCCCAGGGGGUGGUUGACUGACAAAUUGGUCUGAAACGUUGCAAAUGUGGAGGCAACAUCAAAAGCAGAUUGGACUGACUUUACUGGCAAUAUAGCAGUCAUGUUUGAAAUAAAAAGGGCCUAUCUAUAACAAG